AUGACAGAUGUUGGUGAACUUAGUUGGUGUCUUGGCGUGAGAAUAAAGCGAAACAGGAAACAAGGGACCAUUAGUAUUGAUAAAAGAAAAUAUGCAGCAAACAUACUCAAGAAAUUUGGCAUGGAACAUUGUAAUCCGUUUGCAUAUCCAUUUGAAUCUGAUUCAAAGCUGCAAAAAUGUGAAAAUAAAUUGACAGAUGAAGAAAACCUUGUGUUGCAUCGCAUUCCUUAUCAGCAAGCCGUAGGAUCACUACUGUACUUAGCUCAAAGCACAAGACCGGACAUUGCAUAUGCUGUGGGGGUUCUAAGCAGAUUCAAUUCUAAUUAUCGGAACAUCCACUGGGAAGCGGUCAAACGAAUUAUACGAUACAUUAAAGGCACAGUCAACGUAGGACUAACUUUCCGAAAAAGUGGAACAACUGAAAUUGAAGGCUUCUGUGAUGCUGAUUAUGCAUCAGACCUCCAUCAGCGGCUAUCGACGGUUAUACCUUCAAGUUAG